UAUAUGUAAAUUUUACUUAUUAAGAAGAUUAUUACAAUAUUUUUUUAUUUAAAUAAAUAAUAAGCUUCCUCGUGGUCGUGAACCUAAGGCCGUGUUGUGGACGUAAGCAAUACUAGUGUUCGUAACAAUUGUUCCGUCACGAUCGUGUUCGUAGUGUGUGAUAAAGAAAUUGAAACUCGUCCGAGUGGUAUAGUAUAAUACAAGUGCAGUGACAUUGGAUUGCUAAGGAUUAUUCGUGGGUGUGUGAUACAGUAAGACGUGUUAUUUUGGCGGAGUGGAGUAGGCGAUAGUGUUGAAUAUCGUAGGCGCCGGCGCCGCGCGCGGGUGUCAAGGUGCGGCAGGCGCAUGUGCGAUGCGAUGCGUGACAAACUGGCCGCUCUGCUGCGGAGCUCGGUGCAUGCGCCCGCGCACCAACACACAGACAAGCUGCAUAAUGGAACGUUUGGGCCAGUGCUCGUCUUCACAGAUGAAGGGAGCGCACGCGAAGGCGGAUUGGUAUGGCGCGGGUGCUCAGCCGAGUGCGACGCAGAAGACGGCGCGGCGGGUACGCUCACCGACGGCAACUCCAACCCAGGAGACAAGCUGGAGGGGUCGGACGCAGCUCCGGACGACCCUGUUCACCUCAAGAGACGGGUGGGACUCUUCAGUGGGGUGGCUCUAAUCGUCGGUACUAUGAUCGGUUCUGGAAUAUUCGUCUCGCCCUCUGGGCUGUUGGAGCGUACCGGCUCAGUGGGCAUUAGCUUCAUCAUUUGGAUGGCAUGCGGCCUGCUCUCGCUUCUUGGAGCGCUCGCGUACGCGGAGUUGGGAACGAUGAACACGUCUUCAGGCGCUGAAUACGCCUACUUUAUGGACGCAUUUGGAGGACCACCUGCAUUCCUGUUUUCAUGGGUAUCGACAUUAGUACUGAAGCCAUCACAGAUGGCUAUAAUAUGUUUGAGCUUCGCAAAAUAUGCAGUGGAGCCAUUCGUAUCAGAAUGUGAACCGCCGACGAGCCUCGUGAAACUUGUCGCGGUCAUUUCUAUUGUGAUGAUAUUAGCGGUUAAUUGCUACAGUGUCAAUUUAGCUACGAAUGUACAGAACAUCUUCACGGCAGCUAAACUGGGAGCGAUUGCUAUCAUCGUGUGCGGUGGAGCUUAUAAGUUAAUAUUAGGUAAUACGCGACAUUUACAGGAGCCCAACUUCGCAAGUAGCACCGCCACGCUGGGCAACAUUGCCACGGCGUUCUACACUGGCCUCUGGGCAUAUGACGGUUGGAAUAACCUGAACUAUGUCACUGAGGAAAUUAAGAAUCCAUCCAAAAACUUACCGCUGAGCAUAAUAAUCGGCAUCCCCUUGGUAACGCUGUGCUACGCGCUGGUGAACGUGUCAUACUUGGCCGUGAUGUCAGUCAGCGAGAUGACGGACAGCGAGGCGGUGGCAGUCACCUUCGGGAACCGACUCCUCGGGCCCAUGGCGUGGCUGAUGCCGCUGGCAGUCACUAUCUCCACUUUUGGAUCAGCCAACGGGACACUGUUUGUUGCGGGAAGGUUGUGCUUCGCAGCAUCACGAGAGGGUCAUUUACUGGACAUCUUAUCCUACGUUCAUGUUCGCCGUUUCACUCCAGCGCCUGGAUUGAUAUUCCACUCCCUGAUAGCAGUGGCGAUGGUGCUCUACGGAACAAUAGACUCGUUGAUUGACUUCUUCUCGUUCACUGCAUGGAUCUUCUACGGUGGCGCGAUGCUUGCCCUGAUCGUUAUGAGGCGUACCAAGCCGCAUGCACCCAGACCGUACAAGGUGCCGAUAAUAAUCCCGUACGUCGUGUUGCUGGUAUCCACAUAUUUGGUUGUAGCACCGAUCGUGGACACGCCGCAGUGGGAGUAUCUGUACGCCACCGCCUUCAUAUUCGCUGGCCUCUUGGUGUACGUGCCUUUCGUCAAGUGGGGCUACUCCUUACCGUUCAUGGAUAAAAUAACAGUUUUCCUUCAAAUGGUGUUGGAAGUGGUGCCAACAUCAACGACCUUCGAAUAUUAGGCAACAGUCGGAGCUGGACUUUAAAGAAGCAAUUGUGACAAAAUUACUCGUCGAUUUAUUGUACCAUAUCUAAAUAUUAUUUGGAUUUCGUACAUUGUUAACUAUUUUUGGUCCUAUUUCAUCUCACCUCAAGAAAGUUUAAAAGGUACUGUUAACAAAAAUAAUAUAUUUUGUAACUAUUGAAUUACUAAAUUUCUUGGAGGUGGUGAUCUACCAAGUUACUUAAUUAAAAUUUUAUAUAAUUUUUUGACUGAUAGGUAUGUUCCUUAUCCAAAAUAAAUGCCCACAAUAUUGUGUAAAUGCAAUAACUUGCUGUAAAGUUAAAUUGUGCAAUAUCGUGUUAAUAAUGACUUAAAAAUUACAUGGUAUUUUGAUGUUGUUGCAGCGUGAAGCUUUUUACACUUUUGUUUUGAAUUUUAAGAAAAAAUGUUGUACUUAUGAAAUAUAUUUGGUAAUAAUGCAGUGUUAAAAAUGUGAAAGCCAAUGGCAAUAUUUUUUGCUAUAUCGUAGAUAGUAAAGACAUCAUUUCAUUAGUUUGCACGAAUCAUUCCUAUGGGGACAUGCAUUUCGAGGUGUUGCCACUGCGCCAUGUUGAAUUGAAGCAAGGUAAUCAUGAUUGCAGUAGCCAAUAUCCAUUAUGCGUCGUGGAAGGUGAGGCUUAAGGAUAAUGAUCCAAUUAAUCGGUACCUACUCAAGACAACUUCCUAGGUAUAUUUUACGGUUAACGGCUAUAGUUAUUACGCGUAUGAAAUAUUAAUAACUAGCCAGGCUAUCUCUAAGCCUAUAUUGGGUUAUUUCACCAUACCUUGGACUUUUAAAGAGAUUGUAAAUAAUAUCUUUCUAGAGGCUACCGAAUGUUACAUGUUAUCCUUAAUUCUCAACUACACAAUGGGUCGUAAGAAUGAUAAACAUACGUGGCAUGCAGUAGUUCUCGAUAAGUCUCGAGCCCUGUUCGCAUCACUAUGAGUGAUUGUGCUAAACUCAUAGUUUGUAGGUCAUCGACUCAUUCAUAGCCAACGUUAGAAGUAAAGAAGUAGGUAUAGCAAUGUGUUUUAUUUUGAUAAUAUAAAUAUUAAAUCAUAUUCGGUUUGCAUUAAGAGUAAUAUUUACAGGGGGAUAAUACCUAAAUAGUUUUGAAGUACCUAUUUGUUUACGGUGCUGAUACGCUAGGAUUUUACCCAAGAAAGCAAGUACUUGUAAGUAUCUGUAGAUUGCCACUAAUUGUACAAUCAAGGUAAUGCUUUAAUGUAUUUAACUAAGAUGUUUGUCAAUACAUUUCAAACGCUGAUUGUACCAGACAGGUUUCUAAACGGUGGCACAAACGCCCUAAGGUUAAUAAUACAUUUACAACAAAAAAAAUCUCAUCUACUUUGGCGGAUAGUAAUUAUCCCUUUUGAAAGACUAAAGUGUGUGUUAACCAUAGCUAUUAAAAAUGAUUCAAUGGUUGAUGCUUGCGACCGGUAAAAUUUGGUCCUAUCAUUCCUUACCGGGGCAAGCGAUGCCAUCGACUUUUUAUCGAAGAUAUUUUUUUAUAUUUAUUGAUUGUAUUAUAAUACUUGUUUUUUAUUAAUCGUUCGUUUUAAAAUCUUACAUUUUAGUGACAUUGCAGUAAAUUAGGAAUAAUUUUGAAAAUUAAUUUGAAUAAGUUGCCCAAUUGUUUUGUUCCAUUGUAUUAUCUAGCAGUUCAGACAUUUAAAGAGUACAUAAUUUGUAUAGUUAUAUACUAAGCAAACACGGGCACACAGAAAGUACACACCUAACGAUGUGAUAUUGUUAUGGGUAAAAACGAAUGGUUUUAUUUUGUGUACAGAAAAUAUCAUAAACAUACCUAUACUUACAUAAUAUAAUGUGUGUACUUAUCUCUGAAAGAGAUCAGAAUUAUUUAUUGUUAUAUACUACCAUUGAAAUGAAAUUUUAAAUAAAGACAAAUAAACUA